GUCUUGGAGAGGAAGGGUGAUAUAAAAACUGGCGAUACCAAGUUUCCAAGGAGGUGCAGUCCAGGUGGAGAGAGAUCAUUCUCAACAUGGAGGUUAUUCUUCUGGUUCCCAUGCUAGGUAUGUUGCUACUUUCUUUCUCCCCCAACCUCUUCUUCUACCACUCCUUUCUCCUGGGUUUUAAUUCCUCCUUUGAUCCAUCAUAAAAGAAUCAUCUUGAUAAUUUUUUAAACUGGCUUCAGGGCUAGCAAUUGCUGAGAACACGCUCUGACCCAUAGGAGCCAACUCCUAGGAGGUGAGGGGUCUUUGGACCCCCCAACAAAAUAUUUGAGGGGGCCACCCCCCCAAGUUGAUGGGCAUUGCCAUUCAAGUGGUGUGUGUGCACAAUAUCACAGCCCUGCAGGUAUUUAAGCUUUCCUUGGGCAUAGCGCCAAGUGUCACUACUGGCCAGUUGGCACUGUGCCCAGUGGAACGCCCCCUAAAUUCCUGCUCCCUAAAUUGGCCAUUAUGGCAGCAGGAGGAUGAUCCAGCCUGCUAGAGGCCAGUUCACAAAUGAGAUACAGUGCCAGCCCGCCCGAGGAGGGCAAACAGACUUAUCAGUUGCAUCCUCACUAGUGAUAGCUGAGAAUUUAAAUUCAGUUCAUGUUAAUAGGUGAACCGACCUAAUUCACAUGUUCCCAAACAAGACAUGAAACAGAAACACAACCAUCCUUCAAAAUUCACAUUUUCCAAAUUUUGAAGGGCAGUUCUGCAGCCAAGCUACGCGUGCAAAAGUACAUGCGUACAAUAUGCAUGUAAGCAUUCUUAUGAAUGCAUGUAUAUAAAAAUAAACGUGGACGGGGGAAUCAUGCAAAAUGCAUCAUAUUAUUGAAAACCGUUUUCCACAAAAAGGCAUAUUAAGUUAAUUGGAUACAGAAAAUGCUGCAUAUUAAGAGAAACUAAAAUACUGCUGAAAUUUCAUGAGGAUUGGGGGGGCUAGAAACCAGAUGUGGAAAUGUGCGAAGCAGAACUUAACAGCUGAGUAAUGAGAAGCAGCUAGUAACCACAAAUGCUCAUCUUUCAUCCUGGACUAUGUCAUGGUGUGUAUGCAAAUAUACAAGUCUGUUAUUUCUACCCUCGUCAUCCUUUCUGUCAGAAUAAUAAACACACACAGAAAGAGAGGGGGGGCUAUGGGGCCUCUUACACUUGACAUUCUCUAGGGCUCAGCAUACCUGGUCCUCCUCUGCCUUGCUAUCACUGCCAGCGUUCACCCACUAUCGCUGUACAAGCAAGCAACAACAACAGUGAGGGAUUGACAGCAGCGCCUCCCACCUUCCUUGUGCUUCUCCUCUGGGUGGUAAUGUGGAUGAGGCUCAGAGGCAACUGGAAUGGGCAGCAGUGAUUUGGGCAGAGGGAGGAAGAGAGCCCACUGAGAGACACCCUCUUCCCAUACAGGAGGAGACAGAGAGUCCAUAAGGGGGCACUGUGGGAGCUUUGCUCAUCCCUCCUAAAGAAAAUCGAGAGCCUGGCUAGAGGUCUCUUCUUUUUAGGAACAUCAGAGCAAAAGUGUGUAAGGAUUGCCUUGGUGGAUAAGACUUGGGUAUGUGCUUUAACACUCUUUAAUUGGUAACACCAAUUGGUAACACCCAUAUGGUGCAGCCAAAGCCUGCAAAGUUGAACUUCUCAGUCGGACCAUUCCUGUGUUAUGUCCAGUCACUGCGAUACUUGGGAGAGGCCCUCUUAGUAGGUCCUUAUGCUCAUGAGGUUCAUCUUACAUGCGCUAAUAAAAGGACACCUGAGUGUGGUAGCACCUGUCCUUUUGAAGUGCCAGAAAACAUCAGGCAGAUACCUCCAGCAUCAUCAAAACUCAUCCAUCUUUCCAAGGGGGCUGAUUCAGCAUACUUGACAUUUAAUUUAUCGGACCUACUGAUUUGUGAUGCGUUUUGUACUUAUUUCAAGAAUGUGAUUUUUGUUCAUACUAUGCUCUUUACCAUAAUUAUCUUUUCCCCCGUAAUGUUGACAACAUAGUUUUGUUUUGUGGGGGCUGAAUAAUGCAUAGGGAUUUGAUGCUCCAGCCUUCCUGAAGCUAUGCAGGUCUCAGAGUCUGGUCAGUGCUUGGAUGGGAGCCUACCAACGAACCUUACAUGUGCUCCCUUGAGAUAAAUAUAACAUGUAAAUAAUCUUCAGAUCAAAUCAGUUGAAACUUCCAGGCCUAUUAAACAUGCCUCAUCCCUCCUUUUUACUUCUCUCUUUCAGUUUUCCCUCAUGUUGUUCUACAGCCAGCAUCAUCUGCAGGUAACAUUCCAACAUCUCCACAAUGAGUUGUUGAUGUGGAGAAGACAAGAGUGUCUCUAGAGAAGAACACUUUUCUUUUGUUCAACCCUUAGAGCCAACUUCCCCAACCUGGUGCCCUCCAGCUGUUUCAGACUACAACUUCCAUUAUCCUCUGCUGAUCAUACAGCAUAAAAGUAGCGAAUUUUGACAUUUUUAUUGCAGAAAUCACACUGUGAGGAAAAUCAAAUUCCACUUGUCAAAUUUGACCCACAAGGCCAAUACUGAUAAAGAUCUGGCCUGUGAUGCCAGAAAGUUUCCCACUGACCCCUAGAGCAGGACUUGUGAUAUCCAGGUUCAAAUCCCUUCUCCAGCCGUGAAGCUCAGUGCGUGAUGUUGGGCCAAUCAGUAACAGACCCUCCAAAUGUCCCUAUUUUCCAGAUAUGUCCCUGAUUCAGAGAAGCGGUCCUGGUUUCUGAUUUGAUCCUGGAAUGUCCCACUUUUCCUUAGGAUGUCCCUAUUUUCAUUGGAGAAAUGUUGUGGGGUAUGCACUAACUCUCAGCCUGACCUAUUUUACAAGGUUGUUGUGAAGUGAGGGAAAGUGUGGUGUAUGCUCAAUUGGUUUACCACAGUUUUCCCUCUUGUAUCCUGGAUGAGUACAUUCAGCGAGUGCUUAUAGGGGAUAUUCCAAAAUAUGACUGUCCACACCUGUAGUCUGAAGUGGUACAGUCCCGAAUCCCCCCACCUUAGUCUUCCUCCUCAUUUUUGUGCAAUGUUGCUCCAAGUUUCCAUGAAGAGACUGUAGAAAGCUUCUAAUUCCCAGGACAGCUUAUGUAUUGUAACAGAAUUCUAUAUACUAACAGUGAUCUCACUCUCAAUGUGUGGGUCCUAAUAUAGCGAAAACGACACCAGAAAAGGGAAGUUACCAGCAGGCACUGGGGGAACCUCACGUUUGCAGAAGUAUAAUAAAAUAUUUCAGGAAAAGCACGAGGGGGAGAAAUGGAAUGAAGCAUUCUGUAAGGGAUCUGGUCUGAAUCUCAUGGUUUGCAGAAUUUUUAAGAAGCAUGGGGGGGUGGAGUAACUUGGAAAAGAACAAGGAUAAAACAAAGCACCCCACACUGUGACAAUUCAUUUCAGGUUGCUCUUCUGUGCCUGCCACUGAGAUCCCUCUGCUUUUCUUCCAGGGGCUCUCCAACCCCCCAAACUCUCGGUACAGCCAAAUUAUCCCGAAUACUUUGAAGGUGAGAGGGUUGUGCUCAUAUGCUCAGCUUCCCCAAAUGAGACGGUGGAGGGAUACAGGUUCUUCAAUCAGGAUGGGCAACAGAUUCUCAAAAUGGCUGCCGACCCUUAUCAAAAGGGCAGACUGGAUUUUAGGGCUGAAGCAAACAACACGGGAAAUUACAGCUGUGGUUCCUGGAUGGGGAAAGCUGACACAGAGGUCACAUCUGCCCGAAGCAACUCCAUCUCUCUACAAGUGAAGGGUAGGUUUCUAGUCCCUAGGACAUCAGUGGUUUUGUGCCAGAAAACCCCUUGGGGCAUAUAUUAGUUUCCUUCCGACUUCUACUUUCAUCAGGGAAGCAGUUCUAGGGAAAGUUUUCGAUCUGCAUGGGAGAUUCAACCUGUAUUCAGAGGAGGUGCUCUGUAGGGCCAGCCUACCCAUGAGGCAAUGUGAGGUGACUCCCUCAGGCAGCAGAAUCUACAGGGGCAGCAGAUCUGGCCUCCCAAGAAUGUGUCAGCCACUGCUGCCUCCACAAUGACAGCUGUGGUGUCCUCCUUGUGGGCUGGAUCUGCCACCUACUUGGCUGCUGCCUCGCAAUGCCAACUCUAUAGCAGUCUCUUGGUGAAUUGGAGGUGCUGUUCCCAUCCAUGUUCCCUGUGUAGAUCUUCACUAGGACUAGAGAAAUGGACACCAUUUUGUGGUUUGCCUCAGGUGCCAAAUUGUCUUGGGCCAGUCUGGAUGCUCUGCUAUAGCCAUUGCAUUAACGCUGAUCAGCAGAACCUGGCCAGAACUUCAUGGACUACAGCAGCAAAUCCUAACCACACCAGGUAGCAGAAAAUACCAAUUUAUGCAGUCUCUGUGCUUAUUUUGACAGUUCUCUGCCUGUAAAGUUAUUUGAGAGGCCUGUUUUUGUGCAAGCCAUUAACUGAAUGUAGAUGGAUUAUCUGGCUGCAGAACUGCAUUGCAAAUUUCAAAGGGUGUGAGAGGUUCGGUUAGCAUGUGGUUUCAGAAAAUGCAACUGGAUCAGAUUUCUUCCCCAUCCUUUGCGUCCGUUCACCUUGUCAAAAAUUAACCUAAAAACAGACAUCUGAAUCUGCAUCCUCUCUCAAUUUCUCUCUUCCCAACCAACCAUUGCAAGCAUAUUUGAGGAGUUAGUAUAGCUGCUGGCUCUGUUACAUAAAGGAAUCUCAACCCUGGGUGUUUAUCUUUCUUUCCCAGAAGCCCCGGAAGCCCCCGCCCUCUCUUUGAACCCCAACCUCAUCAAGGACAACCUGGGCAAUUCGGUCAGCCUUGUGUGCUCAGCUCCACCUGAAACAAAGAAUCUCAAGGAGUUCCAGUUUUAUGGCGACAGGAUUAGCGUCACAGCUGUGGCUUCAUACGGCAACACCUACAUCUACAACAUGAGCAUCAUGAAGCUCAAGAAUGUGGGACUCUUCAGGUGUGGAUACAUAGUGCAUCUUUCUGGACGGAAAGUUAUUUCAAAGAAGAGUAAUCCUGUCACUGUCGUUGGACCAGGUAAUCUUUGGGUUUGUUUGUUUGUUUGUUUGUUUAUUUAUGGUAUUUACACCCCUUUGCCAAAAAAGCUCUCCCAGAGCUGCUUGGCAGGCAGGGGGGACAGUAUUAAUACCCACCCUGCCCCCAGGCUUACCUAUUUAAAGGGGGGGAAGAGUGGGAGGGAGAAGGGGAAAACAAGCUUAAGCAAACGCUCCUAAAGUUGCAACUCUUAUAAUGUAGUUUGCCCAAUCUACAAGGACUUAAGAGCAGCCUUGUUCAAAAAUUUAAAUAUCCCAGGUGAGAGGUGUUUGAUUAGCUGUUUAUUAGGGGACAGGUCCCCCUACACUUCUGAAAAAGUGCUUGUUUUGCAUUUAGGGUGGCAGUUUUAAGGAGAAAAGUUUGUGGGAUGGGUAAGCUAAAUUCUUCAGGGGAGCAAAAUCUUAUCUGACAGAAUGCCUGCCUUUAAUAAUUAUUUUAACUGUGCAGUGUAUUUUAUUCUUCCUAAUGCAUUUGUUUUAUGUAUUUUUUCAUAAUGGCUUUCGCUACACAGAUAAAUAAUAAUAUUCAUAUUCAUAUAAUACAUUUACCCUCCUCCAUUACUUAUGUCAGUGGGGGUUUCAGCCUCCCAAAAAACAAUCUGCCCUCCCCAGAUCAGACCCAGGAGCAGAGCAGGUGACCAUGUUCCAUCCAGGAGGAAGGAGUAGCUCCUACCGAAUCGUAAUUCCUCAUAAACGCUUCCCUUCUGCUGCUUGAAUUUCUCAGGCAGUCUUUGGGGAAAGCAUGAGUAAUGCUAUCUCUCAUGCUCAUGUAAUUCUCAGGUUUUGAGAUCAGGAUUAGAUAGGAACAAUGAAUCACACAGGGCAAUCCGAUAACAAUCUCACUGAUAGGAGUCUGCCAAAAUGACUAACAGGCAUUCUGAGGCCCAAACCGGAAUUACGAAGCCUUAUCUGAUUCUGAAAAAAUGGCACCCGACCUACUCAGCAAAAUGUGGCAACUUUUCAUUGUACUCUGUAGCCAACAGCUCUUUUUCCCCUUGUCUACUUAGGCACCAGAUGGGAACGGAUGUUGGCUAUUGGCGGGUCCUUCUUCACCAUCAACAGCUUCAUCUUCCUCAUCUCCCACUAUUGUUUUUAAACCACAGGUAAGUAAUGCACUUUCUGCAGAAAAUCCCCAUGGAUUAAAGGAUUUCCUUCCCCCCCACACACUUUAGGAAGAGUACUUUGGGACAGGUGUGGCCCAAAACAUUUUUUAUGGUUGGGGUGGGCGGGGGAGAGAAUGGCAUCACUGCCACCCCAGUCCAAACACACACACACAUACGUGGCAACAGUCAUUCAGAUCUUCGUAACAUCCAGAUUAUAUCACUGUAGCACGUGCUACUGAGUCUGGAAACUGCACUCUGGCUUCCAGGUGUCUGGAACAGUUGCUUCAGAACGUAGGAGCCAGAUUGUUAUCUGAUAGGAAGGAUACAGCGUGGCGUUGUCUCGUCUCCCGUGGCCGCCUCUUCACUUCCAGGGCCAUUUCAGAGUGGCGAUCUUGAUGCGGAGAGCCCUGAACCAGGUGUGAGGAACCUGGAAUCCCUCCAGAUCUAGUUGAACUCCAUCCGUCACCAACCCCCAGCCAGCAUGGCUAGUUCUUAGGGCUGAUGAAACCCAGUAAUACAGUCAAACCUCUGUUGUCAGACGUAAUCUGUUCUGGAAGCCCAUACGGCUUCUGAAAUGUUCGACAACUGAGGCACGGCUUCCGAUUGGUUGCAGGAGCUUCCUGCCCUCAAGCGGAAGCCGUUUCGGACGUUCGGCUUCCGAAAAACAUUCAAAAACUGGAGCAUUUACUUCCGGGUUUUGGGCGUUUGGGAGCCAACCCGUUCCAAAAUGGAGGUGUUUGGGAUCCAAGGUUUGACUGUAGCUGGAAAACCACAGGCUCCAAACUAGCCUCCCUCCCUCUCUCUCUCUCUCUCUCUCUAGCUUCAAGUUAUUAUUUUUGCUACUGUGUGUUGUCAAAAUCUGUCUGAAUUGGUCUGACUCUGAACUCAUUCCACUGCAAAUGUCACGGGAUUUGGAGUCAGGGAAGGAAAGGGUCUUCCUGUGUUGAAUUUUUGCUCUGAUGUUAUCAUCCAGGAAAGUCUCUCAUCAUUUGCUAUUUUUAAAAAUCAUUUUCAGGUCUCCUCUGCAGAGGACUGAAAUAGCCCCUUUGCCUGGCUGAUUGCAGUUCUACCCUUAUCAGCUUCUCUUCAAUAAGAUUGUGAUAUAUUGCUUCAUUCAUCAAAUGAACUCACUUCCCCCACAAAUCACAUUUCACAGAGGGAAAACCUGGAUCCUCCCAUCAUGAAAAGAGAUUGUUUUGAUGGUGUUUCAUUUUACGGACAUUAUUACAUUUGUAAACACAUAUUACCGAUUCCAUUAACUUGAGCAAAACAAUUUUAAUAUUCUUUUAAGAAAGAGAGAGAAAGGAAAAAUCAACAGCACCACAGUAGUUUCAAUUAAAAUAGAUUUUGAGCUUUGUUAUGGGAAACUAGCAUGCUCUCUUUCAAUCAAACCCUUCUUUUUAAUGAAUUAUUUCUAAAUCUGCAUACUAAUAAAUACAGUUUGUAUUCCACAA